AUGCCUGGACAGAAGCUGUAUCCCCGCGCGACGGUCAAGAAGAUCGUCAAAGCUCACUCGAAUUGCAACGUGAGCAAAAACGCGGAUGUGCUGAUGUUCCUCGACUAUAUGCUUUUUAUGCAAACUCUCAUGAAAGAAGCAACGAUCGAGGCUAAACAGGGCGGAGAACGAGGUAUCACCGCUCGGAGUGUGAAAAAGGUCACAGCGGACUCGCUCGCCAAAUUCAGGGGAUGA